UUCCAGAAUGCAGCACCAUCUAUGAUUUUAUCAUGUUAAAAGCUAUUGAUUCUAAUUCUUAACCUCACUUUUUUCUACUUCAUCAAGGAAAUGGCAUCUCGCGUAUUAAGAUUAUUUGGAACAAUUAAUUCUUUAAAAAAUUAUUAUGUCGUGGAAAAUGGAAGCAAAAUUUUUUCUUCCAUUUAUAAACAUAAUUUUUUAAAGUCUCAUAUUCCCUUAAUCGACAAUACUCGGAGUACGGCAUUUUUUAAUAAACGUCCUGCUGAACAAUUAUGGAAAGGUGUAACCAGUGUUAGCAAUGCAGGAAAACGGAGAGGCAGAGCUCGUGGAUUGGCAAGAAAAAAGGAUUUAAAUAAAGGUCAAAUUAUUGGCCAGGGUAGAAUUCCAAUACAGUUUCCUGGGUUAAAUAUUCCAAUUAUUAGAGGAAAAGAAAUAUUAACUCAAAAGAAACUACCAGAGGAUCCUGAAAGACAAGAAAAACUUGUUAAAUUACGUGAUUCUAUAUCAGUACGCAAAUCCAUUAAAUUAAGUCCUUUGGAACGUGGUUGGACAAGUCAUAAACCUGGAGGCAUGAAAAUAGGUCCUCCUGAACCAGUGGGUGAAGAUACAUUUGAUGGCUUUGAAUCAUGGGUAUUGGAAUCUAAGGUAGUAUCCACUAUGACUCAUAAUUUAGGACGUAAAAAUAGGAUUAGCACAAUGGUUAUAACUGGUAAUGGAAACGGAUUAGCUGGAUAUGCCAUAGCAAAAUCAAAGGAAAUAAAACAGAGUCUAAAUAUAGCCAAGAGAAAAGCUGGAACCAAAGUGAUGUACUUUAAUAGAUACAAUGAUCAUACUGUGAUGCAUGAUUUUUUUACACAAUGUGGAAAGACAAAGAUAUACGUACAUAAAAUGUACGAAGGGUAUGGUCUUAUUUGUCAUAGAGUGAUAAAAUGUUGUUGCCAAGCGAUUGGUAUAAAGGACAUUUAUGCUAAAGUAGAAGGUGCUAUAAAUUAUCAAAACAUCGUUAAAGCAUUUUUGAUGGGUCUUCUACAGCAGAAAACAUUCCAACAAAUGGCGGAUGAGAAGCAAUUACAUUUGGUCGAAUUUAGAAAAGAAAACGACGAUUUUCCUGUCGUUGUUGCCUCUCCAGCUCGUUGUAGAACAGAAGACGAAAUAAAACCAGACGAAAUUUUAGAUUUUAGUCAAUAUUUAAUGGAUGGAAAUAUUAUAUUGAAGAAAAAGAAAUUUCCCCCAUUUUAUACUAAGCUUGAUUCUUGGAUUAUACAUCAAAGAAGAAUGGAACGUAUUAGAAAUAAAAAAGACGUUAAAUUAAGAUUACUUGCAGAAUAUGGUGUGGUUCGUAGUUUCCUUGCUGAUAAAUAUCCAGAAGCAAGAGAAAUAUUAUGGUCUAAGAAACGAGUACAAGAAGAAAAAGAAGCGAAGGGAGAAUAAUUUUAGAAUAUUUUCUCAAGAUUGUAGGAAUCUAUUUAGUUGUAAAUAAAAUGUGACUAAUAACACUCAUAAAAAUAAAAUUAAAGAAUGAUUUGAAGAAAGAA